UUUUCCAUUUUCCCUUGUUUUACUAUUUUCUCCCUCUCUCUCUCUCUCUCUCUCUCUCUCUGCGCUAAAAGUCGUACGGUAAGCUGUUCUGUUGCAGUCAGGUUUCUCAUCCGCAUCAACCCGUCGCGUGGAUCUGAUCACCAAAACGGGCAAUUAGACUACACGCACGGUGGGAGAUGAUUGACGACGAUCGCCGAUGAUUGGAGCAAUGAUUGGGCUCGAAUCGCUCCGAUCUUAAUUGUAUUCACUUCGAAUUUACUUUAAAUUAUUUGGGUCAACCUUAUGUCCCGAAUCUGAAACCAUGAGGAAGAAGCUCGAUACCCGCUUUCCCGCUGCUCGGAUUAAAAAAAUAAUGCAAGCUGAUGAGGAUGUUGGAAAGAUUGCUAUGGCAGUGCCUGUUUUAGUUUCCAAAGCAUUGGAGUUAUUUCUGCAAGACCUUUGCGACCGGACAUAUGAUAUUACCCUUCAGCGAGGAGCGAAGACUAUGAACUCGUUACAUCUAAAACAUUGCGUACAAAGCUAUAACGUGUUUGAUUUUCUGAGGGAAGUUGUUAGCAAGGUUCCUGACUAUGGUCAGGCUGAUUCUGCUUCUGCUGAGGACCGAACCAUGCCAAAGAGAAGGAAAGCUGGAGGCGAUGAAUACAAUAAUAGUGAUGAAGAGUCAAAGAGGAGUCGGAUGCAUGAUGUCGGCCAUACAAGCAGCAGUGGCAGGGGAAGAGGAAGGGGAAGAGGAAGAGGUCGUGGCCGGGGACGAGUUUCAAACCGAGAGCAAAAUGUUGAAAUCGACCCUUGCACUCCUUCUCAGCCCAGCAGCAAGCAAAUUCCCAGUCCUGGGAAGCCAAUGGAUGAUGAUUUGGAGUCAAAGGAAAUGCCAAAGGAGAAUGCCAAUGUCUCUGAUGGUGGCAAUCCAGCUGUUCAAACUGUCGAUACAAAAGCUGAAAUGGGUGAGAAUGUAGAUAAAUCAUCCAACGCAGCAGCAGCAGCAGCAGCCCCCUCCUCAUCGGUAGGGCCCUCGGAGGGUAAAAGCAAAGACUAUCCUGGGUGGCCACUUUCCGAGAUGGACCGAAUGGCCUUUGACCCUCUUCACCUAGCACAACUCAAUAAGAGAUUGGAGGAGGACGAAGAAGAUUACGACGAAGAGGAGUAGCUAAUCGGUAGCAUCAAUAUCGCUCAAAGCUGAAGGAGGCAAAGUAAAGAUGGGAAUAUAUAGAUUGGCCGAGAUAUAAAUGACAUCUUGUUUCCUUCAAAAUGUCGUAUCUUCCUCCUGUUCAUUUCCGCCCUCUUUUGCCCGUUCGGCUCCUAUUGUAGUUGUAUUGUAAUAUGCUUCAAAUAUGCUUUGCUGUUUGCUAACGACCGCGUAGGUUAGGUUUUCUCAUUCGGGAAAACUUCGAUUUCUGUAUGGACUCAAAGUUUAACAUAGGAAGGACAUGACAGCCUGAAUAGAGUUAGUUGUGCAAAGUUAA